AUGGAGAUUGACAGUCUAAUGAAACAGGAGUUUGUCAGUGUCUGGGUCCAGGAGCCACAAUUCCACAAAGAUGACUUCUGGCACACGCACGUUGACUAUGAGAUCUGUUUACAUACCAAUAGCAUGUGUUUUAGGAAGAAGACUUCCUGUGUGCGGAGGCGAUACAGUGAGUUUGUUUGGCUCCGGCAGCGUCUGCAGGACAACACUAUGUUCAUAGAGUUGCCCAAACUGCCUCCCUGGAACCCUUUCUUCAGUCUGAAAAACCCCUACAAGGUCAACCAGAGGAUGAAUGGCCUGCGGGAGUUUCUAGAGAUUAUCCUCCAGGACCCCCUGCUGCUGUCUGACAGUAGAGUGCACCUGUUCCUCCAAUCCCAGCUGAGCAUGACCAAGAUGGAGGCGUGUGUCUUGGGACAGACACGCUACACAGUGGCACAGGCCAUCCAGAUGUGUAGCGACUGUCACCGCACACGCUUCCCCAUAGAGAAGGGCAGCAAGGUGUACUUCAACUCAGACUGCGAAAGCCUCACCAGCACCACGUCAAGUCUGGGCCACAGCCAUGACUCGGGGGUCCCCCAGAGCCCCAGCCUUCUACCCUUUGACUGCAGCACCUGUGAAAAUUCUGACGGCAAAAUUCGCAUCCGGGAUGAGGGAUUCUUCAGCAGUCUGUCAGAGUCGUCGUGUGACCAGGAACACAUGGAGCCCUGA